AGUGAGGGGGUGAGGGAGAGGGACGUAGAGAGAGAGAGAGAGAGAGAGAGAGACGACAGAGCUAGUCUGAAAGGGAACUAAAAAGGAGUGCACGAGGCGACCUAAACGACCACGGACGGAUUUCUCUCUUUUUUUCCCUUUCUUUCUUUCUCGCUCCACAAAGGUGCGUGGAACAAGCCGGAGUGAGGGAUGGCAGAAGGAGGAGACGGAGAGGAGGAGAUUCAGUUCCUUCGCACGGAUGACCAGGUGGUGCUGCAGUGCACAGCGACCGUGCUGAAGGAGCAGAUCAAGCUAUGUCUGUCCUGCGAGGGCUUCGGGAACCGCCUCUGCUUCCUGGAGACCACGUCCAACGCUCAGAAUGUUCCUCCGGACCUUGCCAUCUGCUCGUUCAUCCUGGAGCAGUCGCUGUCCGUGCGCGCCCUUCAGGAGAUGCUGGCUCACCGUGUGGAGAUGAUCGAUUCAUCCCAGGGCGGGGGCCACCGGACGCUGCUGUACGGCCACGCCAUCCUCCUGAGACAUUACCACUCCAGCAUGUACCUGAGCUGCCUCACCACGUCGCGGUCUCUCACAGACAAGCUAGCCUUUGACGUGGGCCUUCAGGAGGACUCCACAGGGGAGGCGUGCUGGUGGACCAUCCACCCGGCCUCCAAGCAGAGGUCAGAGGGGGAGAAGGUCAGGGUCGGAGACGACCUCAUCCUGGUCAGCGUGUCGUCCGAGAGAUACCUGCAUCUCUCCUAUGCCAGUGGUGACCUGAUGGUGGACGCCUCCUUCAUGCAGACUUUGUGGAACAUGAACCCUGUGUGCUCUGGCUGUGAGCUGGCUGAAGGGUUUCUGACCGGGGGUCACGUGCUGCGUCUGUUCCACGGCCACAUGGACGAGUGUCUGGCCAUCUCCACGCCAGAGGAGGGGGAGGAGAAACGCAGAAUGGCUCACUACGAGGGGGGGGCAGUGUGCAGUCAGGCCCGCUCCCUGUGGAGGCUGGAACCUCUCAGAAUCUGCUGGAGCGGCGGUCACAUGAAGUGGGGUAUGUCUUUCCGCGUGCGACACAUCACCACGGGACGCUACCUGUGCCUGGACGAGGAGAAGGGGCUCGUGGUCGUGGACCCGGAGAGAGCCAACACCAAGAUGUCUGCCUUCAGCUUCCGCGCCACCAAGGAGAAGUCAGACGUGGCCCAGAAGCGAGACGUGGAGGGGAUGGGCAUACCGGAGAUCAAGUAUGGAGAGUCCAUGUGCUUCGUCCAGCACGUGUCCACUGGCCUGUGGCUGACCUAUGCUGCCCUGGACGCCAAGGCCGCCCGCCUGGGAACCAUGAAGAGAAAGACUAUCCUGCACCAGGAAGGCCACAUGGACGACGCUCUAACGGUCUCCCGCUCCCAGACAGAGGAAUCUCAGGCCGCCCGCAUGAUCUUCAGCACCACGGGCCUCUUCAGACACUUCAUCAAGGGCUUGGACUCCCUGAAGGCGAAGAGCAAGGCCCCGGGCCCCGUCAACCUGCCCCUGGAGGGGGUGAUCCUGUCCCUGCAGGACCUCAUCUUCUACUUCCGACCCCCCGAGGAGGAACUGGAGCACGAGGAGAAGCAGACCAAGCUGCGCUCUCUCCGCAACCGACAGAACCUCUUCCAGGAGGAGGGCAUGAUCACCAUCGUGCUGGAGUGCAUCGACCGCCUCAACAUCUACAACACCGCCGCUGAGUUCUCGGAGUUCGCUGGCGAGGAGGCGGCUGAGUCCUGGAAGGAGAUCGUCAACCUGCUCUACGAGCUGCUGGCCUCUCUGAUCCGAGGGAACCGCUCCAACUGUGCUCUGUUCUGUGACAACUUGGACUGGUUGGUGAGCAAACUGGACAGACUGGAGGCGUCUUCAGGUAUUCUGGAGGUGCUGUAUUGUGUUCUGAUUGAAAGUCCUGAGGUUCUGAACAUCAUCCAGGAGAACCACAUUAAGUCCAUCAUCUCCCUGCUGGACAAACAUGGACGCAACCACAAGGUCCUGGAUGUGCUGCGUUCUCUGUGUGUAUGUAACGGUGUGGCCGUCAGAUCCAAUCAGAACCUCAUCACUGAGAAUCUACUUCCGGGUCGCGACCUUCUGCUACAGACCAACAUUGUCAACUAUGUGACCAGUGUGAGGCCUAACAUCUUCCUGGGGACGUGCGAGGGCUCCACCCAGUACAAGAAGUGGUACUUUGAGAUGAUGGUGGACCAGGUGGAGCCCUUCGUCACAGCGCAGGCCAGCCACCUGAGGGUGGGCUGGGCGCUGACGGAGGGCUACAGCCCCUACCCCGGGGGGGGAGAGGGCUGGGGGGGCAACGGGGUGGGCGACGACCUGUACUCCUACGGCUUUGACGGGCUACACCUCUGGUCAGGCACCGUGCCGCGCCAGGUGGCCUCGCCCAAUCAGCACGUGUUGGCGGCCGACGACGUUGUCAGCUGCUGUCUGGAUCUGAGCGUGCCCAGUAUCUCCUUCCGCAUCAACGGGCACCCGGUGCAGGGCAUGUUUGAGAACUUCAACGUCGACGGCCUCUUCUUCCCGGUCAUCAGCUUCUCCGCCGGCAUCAAGGCUCGUUUCCUGUUGGGCGGUCGUCACGGUGACUUCAAAUUCAUGCCGCCGCCCGGAUACGCCCCGUGCUACGAGGCCUUGCUGCCCAAGGACCGCAUGCGCAUCGAGCCCAUCAAGGAGUACAAGCACGACUACAACGGUGUCCGAAACCUGCUGGGUCCCACCCAGUCGCUCACACACACCUCUUUCACCCCCUGUCCAGUGGACACCGUCCAGAUUGUGUUGCCGCCUAACCUGGAGCGGAUCCGAGAGAAGCUGGCGGAGAACAUCCAUGAGCUGUGGGCUGUGACCCGCAUCGAGCAAGGCUGGACGUACGCCUCUUUCCGAGAUGACAACAAGAAGCUCCACCCCUGUUUGCUGGACUUCCACAGCCUCCCGGAGCCCGAAAGGAACUACAACCUGCAGAUGUCUGCCGAGACCCUCAAGACUCUGCUGGCCCUGGGUUGCCAUGUGGGGAUGGGAGACGAGAAGGCAGAGGAGAACCUUAAGAAGAUCAAGCUGCCCAAGACCUAUGUGAUGGUGAACGCAUACAAGCCCGCCCCUUUGGACCUCAACCACGUCAAACUGACACCCAACCAGAACCAGCUGGUGGAGAAACUGGCAGAGAACGGGCACAACGUUUGGGCCAGGGACCGAGUCCGACAGGGCUGGACCUACAGCAUAGUACAGGACAUCUUGAACAAGCGAAACCCUCGUCUGGUCCCAUACGUGCUAUUGGACGAGAGAACUAAGAAGACCAAUCGGGACAGUGUCAACAACGCUGUCCGCACUCUGAUUGGUUACGGCUACAACAUCGAGCCUCCAGAUCAGGAAAGCACCGGCCACGGCCUGGAGAACAUGCGCGGGGACAAGGUGCGUAUCUUCCGUGCUGAGAAGUCCUACGCCAUCACCCAGGGGAAGUGGUACUUUGAGUUUGAGGCGGUGACCACGGGAGAGAUGCGGGUGGGCUGGGCCAGACCCAGCGUCCACGCAGACACCGAGCUGGGGGCCGACGAGCUGGCCUACGUGUUCAACGGCAACAAGGCCCAACGCUGGCACGUGGGCAACGAGCCGUUCGGUCGCCAAUGGAUGUCGGGCGACGUGGUGGGCUGCAUGAUCGACCUGACGGACAUGAACAUCAUGUUCACCCUCAACGGGGAGAUGCUGAUCAGCGACUCUGGAUCCGAGAUGGCCUUCAAGGACAUUGAGAUUGGAGAAGGCUUCAUCCCGGUGUGCACGCUCGGCCUAUCGCAGGUCGGCCGCAUCAACCUCGGUCAGAACGUUAGCAGCCUGCGCUACUUCGCCAUCUGCGGUCUGCAGGAGGGAUUCGAACCCUUCGCCAUCAACAUGAAGCGGGACAUUACAAUGUGGUUCAGCAAGAGCCUGCCGCAGUUCGAACCCGUCCCCACCAGCCACAGCCAUAUUGAGGUGUCCCGUGUAGACGGGACGGUGGACACCGCCCCCUGCCUGAAGAUCAACCACAAGACGUUCGGCUCGCAGAACGCCAACACGGACAUGCUGUUCAUGCGCCUCAGCAUGCCCGUGCAGUUCCACGAGGUCUUCAAGGUCACGGCGGGCACCACGCCUCUGACCCACGCGCUCACCAUCCCCGAGGAGGAGGUCGGCGUGGUGAAGGAGCCCGACUCUGAGUUUGAGGUGCUGAAGAAGUCGGCGAGCCGCAAGGAGCAGGAGGAGGACAAGAAGGAGCCCUCGGUGGCCCGGGAGGUGACCUCGGAGAACGAGAAGGACACGCUGUCGGAGAAGGGCAAGAAGAAGGGAUUCUUCGCCAAGACGAAGAAGGCUGCCAUGACAACACUGUCUCCACCCCCGGCCCCGCCCACCGUCCCUCGUCUGAUGGAGGACGUGGUGCCGGAUGACCGUGACGACCCAGAGAUCAUCCUGAACACCACCACUUACUACUACUCUCUGAGGAUCUUCGCGGGCCAGGAACCGUCGGCCGUGUGGGUGGGUUGGGUGACCCCCGACUACCACAUGUACGACCCUUCCUUCGACCUCACCAAGGUCCGCAACGUCACCAUCACUGUGGGGGACGACCGGGGAAACAUCCAUGACAGUAUGAAGCACAGUAACUGCUACAUGGUGUGGGGGGGAGACCUGGUCAGUAAUCAGCAGACGCGCUUCAGCCAGGAGGACAUGGUCGUCGGCUGCCUGGUUGACCUGGCAACCGGCCUCAUGACCUUCACAGCCAAUGGGAAGGAGAUAAACACCUUCUACCAGGUGGAGCCCAACACCAAGCUGUUCCCAGCGGUCUUUGUGCAGCCAUCCAGUCAGAACAUGGUCCAGCUGGAGCUGGGGAAGCUCAAGAACAUCAUGCCCAUCUCGGCGGCCAUGUUCCGCAGCGAGCGUAUGAACCCGGUGCCCCAGUGUCCCCCUCGGCUGGACGUCCAGAUGUUGACCCCCGUGAUCUGGAGCCGCAUGCCCAACCACUUCCUGAACCCCCGGGUGGGCCGGAUCAGUGAGCGCCUGGGCUGGGUGGUGGAGUGUGUGGAGCCCCUCAUCAUGAUGGCCCUGCACAUCCCCGAGGAGAACCGAUGCAUUGACAUCCUGGAGCUGUCCGAGCGGCAGGACCUGAUGAAGUUCCACUUCCACACGCUCAUGCUCUACUGCGCCGUGUGCGCGCUGGGCAACAACCGCGUGGCGCACGCGCUCUGCAGCCACGUGGACGAGUCGCAGCUCUUCUACGCCAUCGAGAACACCUACCUGCCCGGGCCGCUGCGCAGUGGCUACUUCGACCUGCUCAUCAGCAUCCACCUGGAGUCGGCCAAGCGCGCGCGGCUGGGCACCAACCGGGAGUUCAUCGUGCCCAUGUCGGAGCAGACCCUGAGCAUCAAGCUGUACCCCGACGAGGAGAAGGCGCACUCGCUGCCCGGCGUGGGGCUCACCACCUGCCUGCGACCCAAGCUGCACUUCUCCUCCAUCAACUUUGUGGGGACGGACCCGGACCUGUACACCCUCAGCCCCGUCUUCCCCCUGCAGGAGCUGAAGACGAAGGCCAUCAGCAUGCUGACGGAGGCCGUGUUGGACGGCAGCCAGGCCAUGCGGGACCCGGUGGGGGGCAGCGUGGAGUUCCACUUCGUGCCCAUCCUGAAGCUCAUCAGCACGCUGCUCAUCAUGGGCAUCUUCAACGACGAGGACUCCCAGCACAUCCUCAAGAUGAUCGAGCCCAGCGUGUUCGGGGCCAAGAAGGAGGAAGGGGAGGGGGAGGAGGAGAAGGAGACCGCCGUCGAGGAGGUGAAGGAGAAGGAAGAGGGGGAGGUGGAUCUGGAGGACGAGGGGAUGGGUGAUGAGGAGGAGGAGGAUGAGGAGGGGGGAGUUAAAGCCGAGGAGAUGGAAGAAGAAAAAGACGAAGAGGAGCCGGCUGAACCUAAAGAAGAGGAGGAAGUGGCAGAGAAGGUGGAGGACGGAGAGAAGGUGGCAGACGAGAAGGAGGCCGAGGGGAAGGAGGGAGAAGAGGGUCUGGAGGAAGGCCUGCUGCAGAUGAAGCUCCCAGAGUCUGUCAAGCUGCAGAUGUGCACUCUGCUGCAGUACUUCUGCGACUGCGAGCUGCGUCACCGCGUGGAGGGCAUCGUAGCGUUCUCCGACUACUUCGUCAAGGAGAUCCAGAGCGACCAGCGCAUACGCUACAACCUGCUGAUGCGGGCGUUCACCAUGAGCGCCGCCGAGACCGCGCGCAAGACCCGCGAGUUUCGCUCCCCGCCGCAGGACCAGUUGAUCUUGCUGACCAACUUCAAGAACAACCCAGAGGAAGAGGACUGUCCUGUGCCUGAGGAGGUCAGAGACAAGCUGGCCGAGUUCCACAACGACCUGCUCCUCCACUGUGGUAUCGUAAUCGAAGGGGAGGCAGAGGAGGUGGAGGUGGACACCUCCCUCAGAGGUAGACUCAACAGUCUGGUGGAGAAGGUGAAGACCCUCCGCAAGAAGAAGGAGGAGGAGGAGGAGCCCGAGGUGAAAGAGGAGACCAAACCCGGCACCCUUCAAGAGCUCAUCUCCCACACCAUGAUCCACUGGGCCCAGGAGUCCUUCAUCCAGAACCCGGAGCUGGUCCGCAUGAUGUUCAGCCUGCUCCACCGGCAGUACGACGGCCUGGGGGAGCUGAUCCGCUCCCUGCCCAAGGCCUACGCCAUCAACGCCAUCUCGGUCCAGGACACCAUGGACCUGCUGGAGUGCCUGGGUCAGAUCCGCUCGCUGCUCAUCGUCCAGAUGGGCCCCGAGGAGGAGAGACUGAUGAUCCAGAGCAUCGGGAACAUCAUGAACAACAAGGUUUUCUACCAGCACCCUAACCUGAUGCGAGCCCUGGGCAUGCAUGAGACGGUCAUGGAGGUGAUGGUCAACGUGCUGGGAGGGGGCGGAGACUCCAAGGAGAUCCGGUUCCCCCAGAUGGUGACCAACUGCUGUCGCUUCCUGUGCUACUUCUGCAGGAUCAGCCGUCAGAACCAGCGCUCCAUGUUCGACCACCUCAGCUACCUGCUGCAGAACAGCGGCAUUGGCCUCGGCAUGGGUGGAUCCACCCCCCUGGACGUGGCGGCUGCCUCCUGCAUUGACAACAACGAGCUGGCCCUGGCCCUGCAGGAGCAGGAGCUGGAGAUGGUGGUGACCUACCUGGCCGGCUGUGGCCUUCAGGCGUGCCCCAUGCUCCUUGGCAAAGGGUACCCCGACAUCGGCUGGAACCCCUGCGGAGGAGAGAGAUACCUCGACUUCCUGCGCUUCGCCGUCUUCGUCAACGGGGAGAGCGUGGAAGAGAACGCCAACGUGGUGGUGCGCCUCCUGAUCCGUCGGCCCGAGUGCUUCGGCCCCGCCCUGCGAGGGGAGGGGGGCAACGGCCUGCUGGCAGCCAUCGAGGAGGCCAUCAAGAUCUCGGAGGACCCGGCCCGAGACGGACCCACCGUCAAGAAAGACCGCCGCUUCAUGUUCGGUGGGGAGGAGCAGCACGAGGAGCACCGCGUCCAUCUGGGGAACGCCAUCAUGUCCUUCUACUCCGCCCUCAUCGACUUGCUGGGACGCUGCGCCCCUGAGAUGCAUCUCAUUCAAGCAGGUAAAGGUGAGGCUCUGAGGAUCCGAGCCAUCCUGAGGUCUCUGGUGCCCAUUGAGGACCUCGUUGGAGUCAUCAGCCUGCCAGUGCAGAUUCCUGCGUUUGGAAAAGACGGUAUCAUCCUCGAGCCCAAGAUGUCGGCCAGCUUCGUGCCGGACCACAAGGCCUCCAUGGUGCUGUUCCUGGACAGAGUGUACGGCAUCGACAACCAGGACUUCCUGCUCCAGCUGCUGGAGGUCGGCUUCCUGCCCGACAUGAGGGCCGCAGCCUCCCUGGACACGGCGUCCUUCAGCACCACCGAGAUGGCGCUGGCUCUGAACCGCUACCUGUGCUCUGCCGUGCUGCCGCUCAUCACCAAGUGUGCGCCGCUGUUCGCCGGCACCGACCACCGAGCCAUCAUGAUCGACUCCAUGCUGCACACCAUCUACCGGCUGUCCCGAGGCCGCGCCCUCACCAAGGCCCAGAGGGACAUCAUAGAGGAGUGCCUCAUGUCACUCUGCAAGUACCUCCGGCCCUCCAUGCUCCAGCACCUCCUGAGACGGCUGGUGUUUGACGUCCCCAUCCUCAACGAGCACGCUAAGAUGCCCCUGAAGCUAUUGACCAAUCAUUAUGAGCGUUGCUGGAAGUACUACUGCCUCCCAAACGGCUGGGGCAACUUCGGUGUGACAUCGGAGGAGGAGCUGCAUCUGACCCGCAAGCUGUUCUGGGGCAUCGUCGAGUCUCUGGCUCACAAGAAAUUCGACGCAGAGCUCUUCAAGAUCGCCAUGCCGUGUAUCUGUGCCAUCGCGGGCGCCAUCCCCCCAGACUACGUGGACGCCAGCUUCUCUGUCACCGAGAAGAAGGCGUCGGUCGACGCAGAGGGGAACUUUGACCCCAAGCCCGUAGAGACCACCAACACCAUCAUCCCAGAGCGACUGGAUGGCUUCAUCAAUAAGUUUGCAGAGUACACCCAUGACAAGUGGGCCUUUGAGAAGAUCCAGAACAACUGGACGUACGGGGAGAUCCUGGACGAGAACGCCAAGACCCACCAUAUGCUGAGACCCUACAAGACCUUCUCUGAGAAGGACAAGGAGAUCUACCGCUGGCCCAUCAAGGAGUCUGUGAAGGCCAUGCUGGCGUGGGAGUGGACCAUGGAUAAGUCCAGAGAAGGGGAGGUGGAGGUGGAGAAGACCACCGCCACACGCAAGAUCUCUCAGACCGCCCAGGCCACGUAUGACCCAAGCCACGGCUACAAUCCCCAGCCAAUUGACAUCACGGCCAUGGCCCUCUCCAGAGAGCUCCAGUCGAUGGCAGAGCAGCUGGCUGAGAACUACCACAACACCUGGGGUCGCAAGAAGAAGAUGGAGCUCAUGUCCAAAGGCGGAGGAACCCAUCCCCUCCUCGUCCCGUACGACACCCUGACGGCCAAGGAGAAGGCCCGAGAUCGAGAGAAGGCUCAGGAUCUGCUCAAGUUCCUCCAGCUCAACGGAUACGCCGUCACUAGGGGCCCUAAGGAUAUGGAGCAGGACAUCUCCUCCAUCGAGAAGCGCUUUGCUUACGGAUUCCUCCAGAAGCUCCUCAAGUGGAUGGACAUCGCCCAGGAGUUCAUCGCCCACCUCGAGGCGGUGGUUAGCAGUGGAAGAGUAGAGAAAUCCCCUCAUGAGCAGGAGAUCAAAUUCUUUGCCAAGAUUCUGUUGCCGCUGAUAAACCAGUACUUCAAGAACCACUGUCUCUACUUCCUGUCCACGCCGGCAAAGGUACUGGGCAGCGGGGGUCACUCCUCCAACAAGGAGAAGGAGAUGAUCGCAAGUAUCUUCUGUAAGUUGGCCGCUCUGGUGAGACACAGAGUUUCUCUAUUUGGAACGGACGCAGGCGCUGUGGUCAACUGUCUCCACAUCCUGUCACGUUCUCUGGAUGCCAGGACGGUGAUGAAGUCCGGGCCCGAGAUCGUCAAGGCGUGCCUCAGGCAGUUCUUUGAGUGUGCGGCGGACGACAUCGAGAAGAUGGUGGAGAACCUGAAGCUGGGCAAGGUGUCCAGCAGGAAUCAGCAGGUCAAGGGUGUGUCCCAGAACAUCAACUACACCACUAUCGCCCUGUUGCCCGUCCUCACCACCUUCUUCGACCACAUCGCUCAGCACCAGUUUGGAGAUGACGUCAUCUUGGACGACCUGCAGAUCUCCUGCUACCGGAUCAUGUGUAGUAUCUACUCCCUGGGCACUGUGAAGACACCCCACGUAGAGAAACAGCGGCCGGCCCUGGGGGAGUGUCUGGCCAACCUGGCGGCGGCCAUGCCCGUGGCGUACCUGGAGCCGUCCCUCAACGAGUUCAACGCUUUCACCGUCUACACCACCAAGACCCCCCGGGAGCGAUCCAUCCUGGGCCUCCCCAACCAGGUGGAGGAGCUGUGUCCGGACAUCCCGGAGCUGGACAUCCUGAUAAAGGAGAUCAGCGAGCUGAGUGAGUCGGGGGCCCGCUACACGGAGAUGCCCCACGUGAUCGAGAUCACGCUGCCCAUGCUGUGCAACUACCUGCCCCGCUGGUGGGAGAGGGGCCUGGAGAACUUCCCCGAGCUGGAGGGCCAGAUCUGCACGGGGGUCACCUCGGAGCAGCUCAACCAGCUGCUGGGAAGCAUCAUGAAGAUCGUGGUCAACAACCUGGGCAUCGACGAGGCCUCCUGGAUGAAGAGGCUGGCAGUGUUCGCCCAGCCCAUCGUUAGCCGGGCGAAGCCAGAGAUGCUCAAGUCCCACUUCAUCCCCACCAUGGAGAAGCUGAAGAAGCGGACGGGGAAGGUGGUGGCGGAGGAGGAGCACCUCCGCAUGGAGGGCAAGUCGGAGGUGGACAGCGAGGACGGCACCAUCCGGGAUGAGUUUGCCGUGCUCUGCAGAGACCUGUACGCCCUCUACCCGCUGCUGAUCCGCUAUGUGGACAACAACAGGGCCCGGUGGCUGACCUGCCCUGACCCCGACGCCGAGGAGCUGUUCAGGAUGGUGGGAGAGGUGUUCAUCUUCUGGUCCAAAUCCCACAACUUCAAGCGAGAGGAGCAGAACUUUGUGGUGAUGAAUGAGAUCAACAACAUGUCGUUCCUAACGGCUGACAGUAAGAGUAAGAUGAGCAAGGGCGGAGGAGAUGGAGAGUCUGGAGACUCCGGCCAGGAGCGCUCCAAGAAGAAGCGGCGGGGGGAUCGCUACUCGGUGCAGACGUCUCUGAUCGUAGCGGCCCUGAAGAAGAUGCUGCCCAUCGGCCUGAACAUGUGCUCCCCCGCGGACCAGGAGCUCAUCAACCUGGCCAAGAUCAGAUAUUCUCUGAAAGACACUGACGAAGAGGUGAGGGAGUUCCUGCAGAACAACCUCCACCUGCAGGGCAAGGUGGAGGACCCGGCCAUGCGUUGGCAGAUGUCCCUCUACAAGGAGAUGUCCGGGAAGGCGGAGGACGCCGAGGACCCGGAGAAGGUGGUAAAGAGGGUACAGGAGGUUUCGGCCGUCCUCUACCACAUAGAAGUGACGGAGCACCCGUAUAAGUCCAAGAAGAUGGUCUGGCACAAGCUGCUGUCGAAGCAGAGACGCAGGGCAGUGGUGGCCUGCUUCAGGAUGACCCCGCUGUACAACAUCGCUAGGCACAGAGGAUCCAACAUGUUCCUGGAUGGAUACAAACGCAACUGGCUGAUGACCGAGGGCUAUUCCUUUGAGGACAUGAUGAUCGAUGACCUGUCGAAAGCUCUGGAGGUGGAGGGGGAGGAGGAGGAAGAGGAGCAGGAGGCCAAGCCAGACCCUCUUCAUCAGCUGAUUCUUCAUUUCAGCCGCACCGCUCUCACUGAAAAGACUAAACUGGAUGUUGAUCACCUGUAUAUGUCCUACGCUGAUAUUAUGGCAAAGAGCUGCCACAUGGGUGAGGAGGACGAAGGGCAGUGUGAGGAGGGGGAGGAGCCGGCGUUUGAGGUGCGACAGACAGAGAUGGAUAAGGAGAUGGAGAAGCAGAGGCUUCUCUACCAGCAGUCCCGCCUGCACAACCGCGGGGCUGCAGAGAUGGUGCUGCAGAUGAUCAGCGCCUGCAAAGGUGAACCUGGAGCCAUGGUUUCUUCCACACUCAAGCUGGGAAUCUCCAUCCUCAACGGAGGCAACUGUGACGUCCAGCAUAAAAUGCUGGAGUACCUGAAGGAUAAGAAGGACGUGGGGUUCUUCCUCAGCAUUCAGGCUCUGAUGCAGACAUGCAGCGUUUUGGACCUGAAUGCGUUUGAGAGACAGAACAAGGCAGAGGGGCUGGGAAUGGUUUCAGAGGAGGGAUCGAAUAUGACGCUAGAACGUGAUGAGAAAGUGAUGUCGGACGACGAGUUUACCUGCGAUAUCUUCCGCUUCCUACAGCUGAUGUGUGAGGGCCACAACAACGACUUCCAGAACUAUCUGAGGACUCAGACCGGCAGCACCACAACCAUCAACGUCAUCAUUUGCACCGUUGACUACCUGCUUCGUCUUCAGGAGUCCAUCAGUGACUUCUACUGGUACUACUCUGGAAAAGACAUCAUUGAUGAGCCAGGCAAGAGGAACUUCUCCAAGGCCAUGACGGUGGCCAAGCAGGUCUUCAACAGCCUGACAGAAUACAUACAGGGUCCCUGCACCGGGAACCAGCAGUCUCUGGCUCACAGCAGGCUGUGGGACGCCGUGGUCGGGUUCCUCCACGUCUUCGCCCACAUGAUGAUGAAACUAGCUCAGGACUCGAGUCAGAUCGGUCUUCUGAAGGAACUGUUGGACCUCCAGAAGGAAAUGGUGGUGAUGCUGCUCUCUCUACUUGAAGGCAACAUUGUGAACGGUACCAUCGCCAGACAGAUGGUGGACAUGCUGGUGGAGUCCUCCAGCAACGUGGAGAUGAUCCUCAAGUUCUUCGACAUGUUCCUCAAGCUGAAAGACAUUGUGGCGUCGGACGCAUUCCGCGACUACGUCACCGACCCUCGCGGCCUCAUCUCCAAGAAGGACUUCUCCAAGGCCAUGGACAGCCAGAAGCAGUACUCCCCGUCGGAGAUCCAGUUCCUGCUCUCCUGCUCCGAGGCAGACGAGAACGAGAUGAUCAACUUCGAGGAGUUUGCGGACCGCUUCCAGGAGCCGGCCAAGGACAUCGGCUUCAACAUCGCCGUGCUGCUCACCAACCUGUCGGAGCACGUCCCGCACGACACGCGGCUGCAGAACUUCCUGGGACAGGCCGAGAGCGUCCUCAACUACUUCCGGCCCUUCCUGGGUCGCAUCGAGAUCAUGGGCGCCAGCCGCAAGAUCGAGCGUAUCUACUUUGAGAUCAGCGAGGCGAACCGCAACCAGUGGGAGAUGCCGCAGGUCAGGGAGUCCAAGAGGCAGUUCAUCUUCGACGUGGUGAACGAGGGCCAGGAAUCCGAGAAGAUGGAGAUGUUCGUCAACUUCUGCGAGGACACCAUCUUUGAGAUGAACAUCGCCGCCUCCAUCUCGGAGCCGGAGCCGGAGGCGGAAGAGGACGACGACGAGGAGGAGCCAGGGGAAGGAGGAGGAGGAGGAGGAGGGAACGAAGUGGAGUCGGGAGACGGGGACGAGGCCAACGGGGAGGAAAAACCCCCGGAGUCCAGCUCGGCCUUCGCCGACUUCCUGAAGAGCGUGGUGCUCUUCCUCAACAUGUUCACCUUCCGCAACCUGCGCCGCAAAUACCGCAAGCUGAGGAAGAUGACGGUGAAGGAGAUAGUGGUGGCGCUGGUCACCUUCAUCUACACGGUGCUCAUGGGCGUCCUGCUGUUCGUCUACAGCGUGUGCAAGGGCUUCUUCACCCUCAUCUGGAAGGUGCUGUUCGGCGGCGGGCUGGUGGAGGGCGCCAAGAAGAUGACGGUGACCGAGAUCCUGGCCAGCAUGCCCGACCCGACGCAGGACGAGGUCCACGGCGACCUGCCGCCCGAGCCCGGAGCCCGGGUGGUACAAGACGCCGACGGCGCCGGGGACCAGGAGGCGGCGGAGGGGGAGGAGCAGGAGGAGGACCGGGAGGAGCGAGGGGAGGGCUCCCAGGCCGGCCCCGAGAAGCCCGGCGGGCUGGGAGACUUCGGCGAGACGACCCUCGAGGAACCCCCGACGCCGGAGGGGACCCCGCUGCUGAAGAGGAAGCUGCAGGCGGCCGCGAGGAGCGGAGAGGGAGCCGACGGAGGAGAGCCUCAACCAGAGGCUGAAGUCGCUCCAGAGACCGAGAAAGCAGAUGCGGAGAACGGGGAAAAGGAGAAGGCGGUGCCUGAGGUGGAGGUGAAGGCGGAGGAGCCGGAGCCAGAGCCCGAGGAGGAGGUGGUGAAGACCAAACCCAAGAAGGAGAAGAAGUCGGCCGGAGAAGGCUUCGAGCUGUGGAACGAGUUGGACGUGCAGAGGAACAAAUUCAUGAACUAUCUGUCUCGUAACUUCUACAAUCUGCGCUUCCUCGCCCUCUUCGUUGCCUUCGCUCUCAACUUCAUCCUGCUCUUCUACAAGGUCUCCGACGGCUCCCGGGGUGGCGAUGACGACGAGGACGGCUCCGGUAUGUUCGAGGGGUCCGGUAUGUUCGAGGGCUCCGCUAUGUUCGAGGGGUCGGGCGCGUUCGAAGGCUCGGCUCUGUUCGAGGGCUCGGCGGCUUUCGACGGCUCGGGGGCCGAGGAGGACGGCUCGGGGAUGGACGGGGAGGGAGAGGAGGAGGAGGAGGAGGAAGGCCCGGUGUUCUUCUUCCUGGAGGAGAGCACGGGCUACAUGCAGCCCACCAUGUCGUUCCUGGCCGUCUUCCACACCGUCAUCGCUGUCCUCUGCAUCAUCGGGUACAACUGUCUCAAGGUUCCCCUGGUGAUCUUUAAGAGGGAGAAGGAGCUCGCCAGGAAGUUGGAGUUCGACGGCCUCUACGUUACCGAGCAACCGGAAGAUGACGACAUCAAGGGCCAAUGGGACCGACUGGUUCUCAACACCCCCUCAUUCCCAAACAACUACUGGGACAAAUUUGUAAAGAGAAAGGUUCUGGACAAGUACGGAGACAUCUACGGCAGGGAGAGGAUCGCUGAGCUGCUCGGUAUGGACCUGGCAUCGCUAGACGUCAGCGCCAUGACUCACGAGAAGAAACCAGAACCAGACAGCUCCAUGUUCAGCUGGAUCACAGCCAUCGACAUCAAAUACCAGAUCUGGAAGUUUGGAGUGGUGUUCACCGACAACACCUUCUUGUACCUGUGCUGGUACAUGCUGACGUCCCUGCUCGGGCACCACAACAACUUCUUCUUCGCUGCUCACCUGCUGGAUAUCGCCAUGGGCGUCAAGACGCUGCGCACCAUCCUGUCGUCGGUCACCCACAACGGGAAACAGCUGAUGAUGACGGUGGGCUUGCUGGCCGUGGUGGUCUACCUCUACACCGUGAUCGCCUUCAACUUCUUCAGGAAGUUCUACAACAUGAGCGAGGACGAGGACGAGCCCGACAUGAAGUGUGACGACAUGAUGACUUGCUACCUGUUCCACAUGUACGUGGGCGUGCGUGCCGGCGGCGGCAUCGGUGACGAGAUAGAGGACCCGGCGGGUGACGAGUACGAGCUGUACCGCGUGGUGUUUGACAUCACCUUCUUCUUCUUCGUCAUCGUCAUCCUGCUGGCCAUCAUCCAGGGUCUGAUUAUCGACGCCUUUGGAGAGUUGAGAGAUCAGCAGGAGCAAGUCAGAGAGGACAUGGAGACUAAGUGCUUCAUCUGUGGUAUUGGCAGUGACUACUUUGACACGACUCCUCACGGAUUUGAGACUCACACCCUUGAGGAACACAACCUGGCCAACUACAUGUUCUUCCUGAUGUAUCUCAUCAAUAAAGAUGAAACGGAGCACACUGGACAGGAGUCGUACGUGUGGAAGAUGUAUCAGGAACGAUGUUGGGACUUCUUCCCUGCCGGCGACUGCUUCCGCAAGCAGUAUGAAGACCAGCUUGGAUAACUCCCCUCUCCUCUGUGUGCAACCGCCAGGGAGGGAGAAGAACAGAGGAGGAGGAAGGGAGGGAGAGAGGAAGGAGGGGGCAGGUGGGAGAGGAGAGGGUUACAAUUCUAGGAAGAUCGGUGGUCCCUUUCUCUCUCUCCUUCUCUGUGUUUCUCUCUCUUUUCCCUCGAAGCUAUGCACCCUUCAACUGCACUAUUCUUACUGUUACCGCGACAACUAGAGAUUUCGAUGAAAUUAUUUUGACAGAGAUUGACCUGAGACGGAGAUGGACGGUGGAGUCGCUGAGGACGCGUCAGAGCGAGACAAUUAAAGAAGUCUGGGCCUGGUUUUAUCGCUGUAAAUACAAUACCUUGGCCUUUUCUUUGCCUGUAUAAAAUAGCCUUGACUACCCCACCUGUUACACAUGCAGCUGCCUUGUCCGUCUCGCUGAACACCGUAGAACACUUGAUCUGGAUCGAGGAGAGCCUGUAUCCUACCACAUAUAUAUAUAUAGUUUCAAAAAGGAUACAAAAGUAUUCAGAACUUAUUUAUUAACGUGGUGGUGUAUUAUUAUUUAUGCUGCCCAUACCAGACGUCUGGUAUUCAGAUUUGAGAUCGUAGGGAAGAAAGAGACGAUUUCAUUGACGAUUUGAAGUAGUGCUUCGGGUGUCCACUAGAGGCAAUCACUCUCUCUUCCGCGCUGCACAAACGUUCAACCCUGACACCUUAAUGACAACCCCCACCAUGACCCACAUGUGAUUGACAGCUGUCAGUGAGAUGAUGGAUGACCUGCCCCACUGUGUCACGGCAGGGGGGUCCACACUUUAAAGUCUUACCAGUCUUGACUAGCACUAUGAGGUUCCUUUUUGCUGUUAAGAUGACACAAAAGCACACACACACACACACACACACACACACACACACACACACACACACACACACACACACACACACACACACACACUCUCUCACAGAGGACACCCAGUUUCUGUCUUUAUUAUUUACAUAAAGAUCCACUUGUAGGACGGCGACCAUCGUGUUCGGGUUCAGGUGGUUGACUGUUCGGUUUGUGACCCUAUAUUUCUCGCGAGUGCAUUGAAAUAAGAAUUUCAGGUGUUUCAAAUGUACCCCCGUUGGCCUCCGGGCCGCGCCUACAACUGACAAAGGACUAGGUCGCCCUUGUGGCCUUGCUGACAUAUUUUACAUAAAUUAUAGAUGCAUAUAUAUACACAAAUAUAUGUAUAUAUAUAUAUAAAUAUAUUUUAUUCUUUUUUUGGGGGCGUAGAAUUCAGAACAUUCAACCCCUUCCUUGCAACCUUAGUUGGAGGUGAAAUAUACACUUAUUAUUUAUGAACUGACCUUGUGUUCCUAAUAAGGGCAACAGGAAGUGAUGUAUCAAAUUUCACACUCGGUUUGUAGAUUUAGCUUUGGUGUUUUUACGAGUAGUGUUUUUAUGACGUGGAGGAAAAGAGACAAAAAACAGCAUAUAACUUUUUAAUUUUUUCGUCAGUGCUUCUCGAUUUAAGAGCAAGCGACGAGCCAAUCGCACGGACAGGCAUUGUCUGGCGUUGCCACGGUGGAAGGCAUACCCACCUAGUCUCUCGCUCCCAUCUUGAGUUUCAACAUCUAGCCAUCAUCAUCAGACGUUAUGAAUCAUAUCUUGAUUCAAUUUACGUCAAAUUUGCUGAUUGGGGGGCGUGUCCUGGUGUGCGCGUCUCAAGCCACAGACUAGCUUAGCACCGCUGACCAGAGAGCCCUGCGACUGAACCUCGUGUUUCAAACCAAGAUAAAUAAAAACAGAUUAUUUUAAGAUGA